AUGGAUACCUCCAGGGUCCUGCUCUCGGCCGUCUUCCUCAUCAGUUUCCUGUGGGAUCUGCCGGGUUUCCAGCAAGCUUCCAUCUCUUCCUCCUCGUCUGCCGAGCUGGGCUCCGCCAAGGGAAUGCGAAGCCGCAAGGAAGGAAAGAUGCCGCGGGCGCCGAGAGAGAAUGCCACGGCCCGGGCGCCCCUGGAUCGCCAGGAGCCCCCGCCGAGGCCGCAGGAGGAGCCCCAGCGGCGGCCGCCAGAGCGGCGUGAAGCUCGGGAGCCUCCCGGCAGGGGCCCGCGCGUGGUGCCCCACGAGUACAUGCUGUCAAUCUACAGGACUUACUCCAUCGCCGAGAAGCUGGGCAUCAAUGCCAGCUUUUUCCAGUCUUCCAAGUCGGCUAAUACGAUCACUAGCUUUGUAGACAGGGGACUAGACGAUCUCUCGCACACUCCUCUCCGGAGACAGAAGUAUUUGUUUGAUGUGUCCACGCUCUCAGACAAAGAAGAGCUCGUGGGCGCGGAGCUGCGGCUGUUUCGCCAGGCGCCCGCUGCGCCCUGGGGGCCGCCGGCCGGCCCGCUCCACUUGCAGCUCUUCGCCUGCCAGUCGCCCCUGCUGCUGGAAGCGCGGAGCCUGGACCCGCAGGGGGCGCCCCGGCCCGGCUGGGAAGUCUUCGACGUGUGGCGGGGCCUGCGCCCCCAGCCCUGGAAGCAGCUGUGCUUGGAGCUUCGGGCCGCGUGGGGCGGCGAGCCGGGCGCCGAGGAGGCCGAGGCGCGCGCGCCGGGGCCCCAGCAGCCGCCGCCCCCGGACCUGCGGAGUCUGGGCUUCGGCCGGAGGGUGCGGACCCCGCAGGAGCGCGCCUUGCUCGUCGUGUUCUCCAGGUCCCAGCGCAAGACCCUGUUCGCCGAGAUGCGCGAGCAGCUGGGCUCGGCGACGGAGGUGGUCGGCCCCGGCGCGGGCGCCGAGGGGUCGGGGCCGCCGCCGCCGUCGGGCAUCCCGGACGCCGGGCCGUGGUCGCCCUCGCCUGGCCGCCGGCGGCGGCGCACAGCCUUCGCCAGCCGCCACGGCAAGCGGCACGGCAAGAAGUCGAGGCUGCGCUGCAGCAAGAAGCCCCUGCACGUGAACUUCAAGGAGCUGGGCUGGGACGACUGGAUUAUCGCGCCCCUGGAGUACGAGGCCUACCACUGCGAGGGCGUGUGCGACUUCCCGCUGCGCUCGCACCUGGAGCCCACCAACCACGCCAUCAUCCAGACGCUGAUGAACUCCAUGGACCCCGGCUCCACCCCGCCCAGCUGCUGCGUGCCCACCAAAUUGACUCCCAUCAGCAUCCUGUACAUCGACGCGGGCAAUAACGUGGUCUACAAGCAGUAUGAGGAGAUGGUGGUGGAGUCGUGCGGCUGCAGGUAGCGGCGCCUUCCUGCCGCCUCGGCCCGGGAUGGCCCGGGGGGAGGUCCGACCGCGGAGAGGCGGAGGAGAGCUGGCCCCCGACGAGGUGGAGAGCGGGGCCGCAGCCUGGACUUUUUUCGGCCGGUGGGAGACCAGGGAGUUCUGCCUUCCCAGAACCUUCCACCUGCCUGCCCAGAGGGAGAGACGGAAUUUCACACCUUGCCCGGGGGGGCCAUCCUGGAAAAACCAGCCAAGGAGGAUUUCUUCAGUUUUUUUUUUUUUUUUUUUUUGGUCGUUAUUAGUGUGGGUUUGGGUUUCCUCGUGUGUUUCAACAGAUUUCCAUGGGAGGUGGGGGCAGGGGAGACGCAUACCUAUUUCUCAACUGCUCCAAGGAUUAGGGGGGGGGGAAAUUAAUAGUUUAAGAAGGAAACCUGUGGAAGGAAGACUCACCUUCGACCACAUCUCGGUCGGAUUGUUUUCUACUUAUGUAAAGGAGGUGGGUCUUUCUGGCCCUGUUCCGUGACCCCGACCCAGCGCCCCUGCAGAAAGUGUUGAGGUAGAGAUAUUACAAAGUCAGAAGGAGUCCUGCCUUUGGAAGAGCUUUGCAAGACAAGAGGCGGAUGCAAGCGGGCCUUUGCCGCUUGCUUGUAUACCCAAUUCUGCCCCGGCCUCUUCGGGUACAGAGAAGUGGCAACCUGCAUCUCACUCCAGGGGGCUCAGGUCACCGCCUUCACUGGCUUUUUCUGGGGGAAAGGGGAGCUGGUAUGGAUGGAAUGACAAGAAUGAGUCCAAAUGGAACCCCCUGAAGGAUAAUGAGAAACCACAAGACCAGCCUCUGAUGGGCUGACACCGAGGUGCUUUUGCCCAGGCUGGAGGUAACCUAUGGAAAAGCCCUUCCCCAUGUCUGUUUCUCACUGAUUUCUUUAGGCAGAAUUUGCCAAAAUUCAGACAUCCCCUUUGAAGGAAAAGGUGAUUUCCCAUUUAAACGAAAAAGUGGGCAGAACUGGGGAAUUUAGAACUAAAGUAAGAGAUGCAGAGGAUAGGAAAGUGACCCAAGAAGAGGAAGGGCGAAGUCCGGAGGGGAGGUGAUUGCCCCCUCCCUCCCCAAGGGCUCGGAUGGAGGGUCAGGCCCAGGAGUUGGGAGGAGAGGGAGGAAAGGAGGCACACGUCCUUGUCUUCGAAGUUUCUUUGGAAUCUCUCUUCCCUCCCCUCUCUCUGACAUUCCUGAAAGAUUACCAGCCAGCAAUAGCCCAGGGCUCCCCCAAAAGAAUUGUUUCAGAUUGUAAUUACCAGUUAGGCAAUGUUUUUAAAACUUAGUAAUGAGAAACUGUGAAAAGAGCAAAGUGUUACAUUGAGCUUGGGGUGGGAGAUGGGGAACCGUGUGGUGAGGAAGAAGGCAAGGGUGGAAUUCAUCUUCCGGAAGCAAGAGAGAGCCCCGGUGCAAGUUAAAUACCCAUCCUUAGGUUGCCAAAAGCAUGAACUUUCCCCAGCCUGCACCAGUGUUAUUUUCAAACAUUGCCCAUAACUAGGCCCUUUGAAGAAUUAGCUUCCUUCUUGUCUUUGACCAUGAAAUGGUUUAAACAAGGGACCUUGUACCAACCAUUACAAGACCUUUUUGUUCUUCCUAAGUGGUGUUGCUCUCUCUGGAUCUAAACCUGUUGCUUGUUUGGUUCAGAGAACUACAAACUAUCCAAGAAAGGGUGAGACUGAUAAUAAAUGCUAAUAUAAAAUGCUAAGUAAAAAAGAAAAAAAAAGACUUGGCCAGGAGAAAUAAUUUAAAAUGCACAUUUGCUUUGGAUGCACUGUUGUUCUGUUAAGGCUGUAUAUAUUUGUUUAUUUAAGGUGACUGAAAGUGCAAAGAGGAAAUGGACAGCAUGCAAUUCAUCUUAAUGUACAAAACGUUAUAUGCACUCAAAUGUUAUAAUUUCUAAUAUUUUUUAAAGUUUAUAUUCGAGUUGUACAAAGUUAAGCAUUCAUCAGAUAUUUCAUUCUUUCAUAAUGUUAUCAUUUUCUUAAAUAUUAUUACAAAAUUUUAAGUCUGUCUAAUGGAGAGUUUUUUUUAAACUGUCUACCUCACUAUAAUACAAGUAUUUACAACACAAAAGUUGCCAGACUUCAAUUAAUAUUCAAAACAUUUUUUACAGUACACUUUUCCUGGAUGAUACUCAA